AUGUCCGACCUCAACCCCGCCCAAGCCCGUCUUGCAGCGCUCAACCGCCUCAAGGCAAAAGCAAAACUCAGCGCUCCGGCUCCGACCCCUUCCUCCUCCUCGUCGGCCAAUGCACACCCUCUGGUACACAAGCCCGCCGCAGUCCCGACCACGGCGCGCAACAUGGUCGCGGCGCAGGCGGACGCCGCGACAGAGGACGGCAGCGACCCCAUGCGGCGCGACCCGCGCCUGGGCAAGUACUUUGAGUACGACCUGAGCAAGCUGCAUAAUUCGCGCGGCGGCUUCCUCACAGCCGAAGACGAGGAAGGGGACCGGAUCAAGAGCGUGGUGGAGCUCGCGCGCGAGAAGCAGCGCGAGAGGCAGAUGAUGCGCGAGGGAGAGGAGCCGCCUGGGAUGCUGGGAUGGGUCGUGACGACGGGACUGGACGCCGUUGCUGACCGUACGCCCCCGCCAGCAAUCUUCCCCGACUCGUCGCCCCGCUGUUCCGUAUGUAACUCGCUCGAGAUCGACCACCAGUUCCUCAAGGUGUUCGACGUCAAGGUGUGCAACAAGUGCAAGAAGGAGAAGCCGGAAAAGUACAGUCUUUUGACAAAGACAGAGUGCAAGGAGGACUACCUCCUCACCGAGCCAGAACUCAAGGACAUUGACCUCCUGCCGCACCUGCUCAAACCGAACCCCCACGCGAGCACGUACUCCAACAUGAUGCUCUUCCUCCGUUUCCAGGUCGAGCAAGUCGCGUGGGACAAGUGGGGCGGCGAAAAGGGCCUGGACGAGGAGUGGGCGCGCAGAGAAGAGUUUAAGAAGCGCAAGCGCGAGGCAAAGUUUGAGGCGGGCCUGCGAGAUCUCCGCAAACGUACCCGCAACAACCAGUACCAGCGUCGCCAGGAGGCCGAACACGUGCACAACUACGAGGACGUCGAGAUUGUGGACGGCGCCGAGGGCGAGACUAUCCAGGUGCAGAGGUGUGACUGUGGGGCCGAGCAGGAGGUGGAGGUGUUCUAG